UUAGACACUGUAGACACACAUAGUUUCAGUGCCAUUUCUUCAGUUUUUUUUUUCAGUUUCCACAAUAUAAAUCGAUCACUGUUUUCUUCGUCCAUUAAAAUUCAAAAUGGGAGCCGCCGCUCAGUUUUUUGUUGGUUUCAUCGGCGCGUUAGGCGCCUUUUGCCUAGGCGCUGUGAUCGGCUGGUCGGGACCUGUGGAGAAGGAAGUCAAGAACUCCGAAGCGUACGACUUUACCCCUGGACAAACGGAAUGGGGUCUGGUGGGAUCUCUGAUGACUCUGGGAGCAGCGUUCUCGUGCAUUCCGGUGGGCGUGCUCAUUAGCAAGAUCGGGCGGAAGACGACAAUGCUGGCCCUGCUGCCCCCAUUCUUCAUCGGAUGGCUCCUGAUCAUUCUGGCGAAACAUAUAGCAAUGCUGCUGGUCGGACGCUUCAUAGUGGGAUUCUGCGGAGGAGCGUUCUGCGUGGCUUGUCCUAUGUACGUCACUGAGAUAGCCCAGGUGCAGUACCGCGGCAUCAUGGGAUGCUUCUUUCAGCUGCUCAUCGUCUUUGGCAUUCUGUACGCCUUUGUGGUUGGAGGCUUUGUGAAGGCCUUCUACUUCAACAUUGCGUGCGCCGUCUUGCCCGUAAUCUUCUUCGUAUUGCUGAUUUGGAUGCCGGAAUCUCCGGUUUAUUUGGCCCAAAAGGGAAACCCCGAGAAGGCGGAGAAAUCGCUGAAAUUUCUGCGAGGUAAGGAUGCGGAUGUAGGCGGUGAGCUGAAGGAAAUGAGCGCCGAGGGCCAAAAGGAGGCCAGCGUUGGGAAACUACUCUGCCGCAAGGUUACCCUCAAGGGACUGUUUCUCUCCAUCGGUCUCAUGCUGUUUCAGCAGAUGACGGGCAUCAAUGCGAUCAUUUUCUAUACCACAUUCAUCUUUGAGAAGGCAGGUUCGACACUGGAGCCCCGAAUAUCCACGAUUAUAGUGGGUAUUGUGCAGGCAAUCGCCACCAUCGUCUCGAUCCUGGUAAUUGAGAAAAUCGGUCGCAAGAUACUUCUGAUGGUCUCCGCGUUCUUGAUGGGUAUCAGCACCCUGAUCAUGGCCAUUUACUUUGGCUUGUUGAUGAAAUCUGGUGUCGGGUGGCUGGCCCUAAUGGCCGUUUGCAUUUUUAUUAUCGGGUUCUCCCUGGGAUUCGGUCCUGUCCCCUGGUUAAUGAUGGCCGAGCUCUUCGCCGAGGACGUUAAGGCCCUGGCAGGGUCGAUAGCCGGGACUACCAAUUGGUGUUUUGCUUUUAUCGUAACCCUUCUCUUUCCGGUUCUUAACGACAGUAUUGGAGCUACAGCGUGCUUUGCGAUCUUCUUCGGAUUUUCGGUGGCCGCCUUUGUAUUCAUACUUUUCCUGAUUCCCGAGACGAAGGGAAAAACACUUAACGAGAUUCAAGCCAAGCUGGGCCAGAAAGCCGAAUAAUACUUGCAAUCAACACAUUUCUUUAGGGAUUCCAAUCUAUGGAUCUCUAAUUGAAGAACGCUAAAAUUCAAUGUCCCUUAAAAUAUGUAUAUUAUAUGGUUCUGCAGUA